GACAAGGAACUUAUUUCACCAGAUAGCUGACAGUUUUACAAUGAACGAGAAUAGUACGAUUGUCGAAGGUCUCAACUGCUUAUUCAAGACAUGGAUUCCGCAUAUUAUAACUGGAUUUUUAGUGGUCUAUAUUACGUUUUCUGGUGUUCUUUAUAUGCGACAAUUAAACCCUACGACCGUUUACGCAGAAAGCGAAAUAUCGCCUCGAACUGAACAACAUAAAAUGCAAACUGCACAAGAGAGACGGCCUCACAUAGUAUUAGGGAUUUUAAGUGGAGAAAAGAAAAUUCGUUUUCGGGAUACUCAAAGAGAGACUUGGAUUAAAACAAUGCUAAGUUUACACAAGGUAUUACCUUUCAAGAUAACGUAUAAAUUUUUGUUAGACGAACCAUCUUCUGAGUCAAUUAAAGAAAAUAAUUUACACAAAGACAUAGUGUAUUUAAAUGUAUCCCACCAUGGUCGAGCUGUUAAAUUUGGUGAGAAAAUGUACGUGUGGUGGAAAUAUAUACAUAAGGUAUACCCAGACGCUCUAAUGGGGGCAAGAAUAGACGACGAUGCUUUUGUAUGUGUACCUCAAAUGUUUCAUAGACUAAAUACUUUAAAAGCUGGAAAUCUUUAUUAUGGUUGGAGACACGGGAAAAGUAGACAGAUCAACAGAAACAACAGAAUUGAUGAAAUGUUUUUAGUUUUAGGAAAAGAUCUCAUUUCGCUUGUUUCUAAUAGGACUUAUUGUGGACAAAGAAAAUGCAAAAAUAAGGACGACUUGAUUGAUAUUGAAUUUGGUGAUACUUCUCUUGCAGAAUGGCUGUCUGUUUACAGUGAUAAAAUAAACUUUAAAGCUGAUAAUGACCGAAUUGUACAAUGUGGAGCUAAUUCUCAUGCUAUUUAUAAGAGAUUUUUAAAGCCUGGUUUUUGUGACAAACAAUUAGUUUUUCAUAAAUCGACAUGUGAAAUGAUGCAACAGCUACAUUCAUGGAAUAAUCACUCGGUCGGUGGAUAGCUUCAUUCAUACAAUAAUCACGUGGUCGGUGGAUAGCAAGACCAAUGUUAUUGGAGCAUUUAUAGAUAUGAAUACUCAUCAAUAGAAAUAGAAGACUGUUUUAUUCCAAUAAAUGGCCCCAAACGGCAUAAACAUUUGACAUGUCAAUAACAUCAAUAAUUCAAGAUUUUAAAGCAAUUUAACAAUCAUUCAAUAAAAUCAAUUGAUAUUUUUUUUUUAAUUCUUAAUACAUGUAUAUUAAGUAAAUAUUUAAGGAGCUUUAGAUAUAAUAAUACACAAUGCAAGUUUGGCUGAUGUGAGAUUUAUAAGACACCUGUCACCUGUAUAUAAAAAUAUAAAUAGAUAAUAUAUAUAUAUAUAUAUAUAAAGCUGUCGAGCACAGAAGGUUCAACAUGUUAACAGUCCUUCCCGUGUCAGUAACAAAUACGAUAGCUGACACCAGGGAAUGAUAUCUUGAGGACUCAGUGACAUACUAAAUAAAUACAUGUAUGUGGAAAUGUAUCUAUCCUACCUGAAUCAAAAGCAUAAAAAGUAGCAGCGUAGGUAUAACUUGAAUGCAGUUGACAUCCGGGGACGAUGCUACUAAUAAAUAAAUUCACCCAAAUUAUAUAAUAGUAAUCUUAAGGAAGAUGCUUGUAUAUAAAAUUACAUAUUAUUUUUAUAGAGUAAAUCAACAUUUACUACACUAAAAAGUCAAAUGAUUUUGUUUCGACUACAUCGAAUUAUUAAUAUUUGAAAUGCUAGACAACAUAUCAUUUCUAUCUUCUUUUUUUUGCAAUCAAAAACAAUAUAUGCCCCAUCUUCCGACAGUACUUGAAGUACAUGUAUUACAUAUUCUGUUGUGUUGGGUAUACCUUGUUGUCUACCCAGUUCUAAUUUUAUGUUUUAUCCAACUAUCAGACAUUUAAAAACUGAUAUUUUUAUUUAAAAAUGAAAAUGUUGCUACUGUAGUAGCCAAAACCUGCAACAACAUUUUAUUGAGAACCGAAAUUUGAUUUAUAUAAAUGAUAUGUUUGCAGUUUACCGUCAGAAAAUUUAUCUAGCUGUUUUUUUCCCACCCCAAUAGCUACGAAGGAACAAUGUUGAUAGCUUGGUUUGCGUAUACUUCUUAAAUUUGUAAAAGACUCAUAAAAAAUGUCUAGCAUUUGUACAAUCAAUUCCAAGUAACUUCAACAUAACAUUUAUUGAACCAUGAUGUUUUCUUCAACGAUGUUUUGUUUUAGAUUGUAUAUAUGCAUCUUUUAAAAAAGAAUAUUACCUCAUAAAUUCUGGUGUCUGUUCUAUGGUCGGGUUGUUGUCUCUUUGACACAUUCCCCAUUUCCAUUCUCAAUUUUAUCUAAUACCAGUACGAUGACAUCCCUUGUUAUAGAUUGAAAUAAAUUAGAAAUCUACAAAGUUCAUAUACCA